AUGGAGGCAGUCGUUAUAGACGCCGGUACCAAAUCUCUCAAAGCUGGCUUUGCUGUUCCGGACCAGCCUCCGUCUAUGGUGCUCUCAUCACAAAUGAAGAAAAUUCCUGAAGAUGAGCCCUUGAGUUAUUCUGCCUUGCUCGCAAGUAUGGAUAUUGAUCCUGUUGAAAGAGGCUUUAUCAGAGACUGGGAUGCUAUUGAAGAUAUGUUGAAGCAUGUACUAUACAAUAACUUGGGUUGGGAGAUUGGCAAUGAAGGACAAAUUCUAUUCACUGAACCGCUUUCAACUCCGAAGGCAGUUAGGGAGAACUUGGUGCAAUUGAUGUUUGAAAAGUUCAACAUCUCUGGUUUUUAUGCGUCCGAGCAAGCAGUUCUGUCCCUUUAUGCAGUAGGGCGCAUCUCAGGUUGCGCUGUUGAUAUUGGCCAUGGAAAAAUGGAUAUUGCAUCAGUAAUUGAAGGUGCUGUUCAGCAUAUAUCUUCCCGAAGAUUUGAAAUUGGCGGCUUGGACUUAACAAAUUUAUUUGCUCAAGAACUCCGACAAUCCAAUCCGCAAUUGAGGCUUAACCUUUCGGAUUUUGAAAAAUUGAAGGAGCGGUUUGCAUGUUGCGCCGAGGAUGAUGUAGCCUAUGAAAAACUCCAGCAAGCAUGCCCUGAGGAGCAACAUACAUUGCCUGAUGGACAGGUGAUUAAAAUUGGAAGGGAGAGGUACACAGUUGGUGAGGCCCUUUUUGAACCAUCUAUCUUGAAUAUGGAAGCACAUGGAAUAGUUGAGCAGCUUGUCCGUUGCAUUUCAACUGUGUCAACUGAGAAUCACCGCCAGCUGUUGGAAAAUACUGUACUAUGUGGUGGAACUUCAACCAUGCCUGGUUUCGAAGAGAGGUUCCAGAAGGAAGCUGCUCUUUCUUCCUCUGCUAUCAGGCCUUGCCUUGUGAAGCCUCCGGAGUAUAUGCCAGAUAACUUGGCUAAAUAUUCAGCGUGGAUAGGAGGUGCCAUACUUGCUAAAGUGGUCUUUCCUCAAAACCAACAUGUGACGAGAGGAGAGUAUGACGAAACCGGGCCUUCCAUCGUUCACCGGAAGUGCUUCUGA